CAAUUAGCCACCGGGCACAGGAAACAAUAUUUUUUGAGUAGGCCUACAUUCUUGUUGUUCCUCAUUGUGCUUCUACACCUUCUGUCACCUUUUGUCACCAAAGGCAAAAAACGUUCCUCCCAAAAUGGCCGACGUAGAAUUUCUCGCCCUUGCCACCAAACCCUCGGCGCAGCUGGCUUAUACCUUCCAAGCUCCCGAAGGAACAUCCACCAAGCCCGUCCUGGUGGUCUUUGUGAACGGGCUCGGUCUUCCGCAAGCCUUCUGGCAGCCUGUCAUUGCUCAAUUAAAACCCCUUCGCCAAGGCAGCAGCCCGGCCUUCCUGACAUACGACCGCUUCGGCCAAGGCCAGACGACCGACCGCGAUCCCGCAGACGCCGGCGCCGAGGAUCCCACCCACGGCCACGACUGCCUGGCCGCCGUGCAGGAUCUCCGCCAGCUGCUUGCGCAGAUCACCGCCAACAAGCUGGGCGUCGCCGAUGUGGACUCCGUCUCGCUCGUGCUGGUAGGGAAUUCGAUCGGCUGCGCGCUGGCCCGGCUCUACGCGCAGGAAUAUCCCGGCACCGUCGCCGCGCUCUUGUUGCUAGACAGCGUCCUCGCCAACUCGGACUUCAUUUCCAUCUUUCCCGACCCCGACGCCUCGGACUUCGACCCGGCUAGCAUCGCCCCGAUCCCCACUGAGGCCAUUCGCGCCGUGCGGGCUGGCGUCCGCCGCGUCUUUCACCCCGACGUCGGCAGCAAGGAGGGUCUCAGCCGGCGGAACCUGCGCGAGCUGCUGCCUGCCAGUGACGGCCCGCAGCUGCACGGCCCCGAGGGUCACGGACCCUAUGUGACGGUCGUGGGCCACGACUUCGAUGCUUUCGCGGAGGAGUCGGCCAAGAUGGGCCCACCUAAACCGGUCACGAACCGUUUCGUCAACCCCUACUGGCACCGCUACAACGAGGGGUUGGUCAAGAUCACCGAGGCCGAGUACAGCAAGGGCCCUUUGAUUGCACCGAACGCGGGUCACUUUGUGCAAAAGGAUAACCCGGAAUUUGUGGUCCAGGAGUUGAAUGAACUGUUGGAGAAGGUGCUGUAG